GUCGGGCCGGCCAUGGUGGGCCUCAAGGAGGAGCUGCUGAAGUCCAUCUGGCACGCCUUCACCGCCCUGGACCUCGACCGCAGCGGGAAGGUCUCCAAGUCCCAGCUCAAGGUCCUUUCUCACAACUUGUGCACGGUGUUAAAUGUGCCCCACGAUCCAGUGGCCUUGGAGGAGCACUUUAGGGAUGAUGAUGAGGGACCAGUUUCCAAUCAGGGUUACAUGCCUUAUCUAAACAAAUUCAUCUUGGAAAAGGUGCAAGGAAACUUUGACAAAGUUGAAUUCAACAGGAUGUGCUGGACUCUCUGUGCUAAAAAGAACCUCUCUAAAAGUCCUUUGCUGAUUAGUGAUGAAGAUGCAUUUAAAGUGUGGGUUAUUUUUAACUUCUUAUCAGAGGACAAAUACCCUUUAAUCAUUGUACCAGAGGAGAUUGAAUAUUUACUUAAAAAACUCACGGAGGCCAUGGGGGCAGGCUGGCAGCAGGAGCAAUUUGACCAUUAUAAGGUUGCUCUCAACACCAGUCGAGAAGGUCUUUCUGCGUGGGAGCUGAUCGAUCUCAUCGGAAGCGGGCAGUUCAGUAAAGGGAUGGACCGACAGACGGUCUCCAUGGCAAUCAAUGAAGUCUUUAAUGAGCUCAUAUUAGAUGUACUCAAACAGGGCUACAUGUUGAAAAAAGGUCACAAAAGGAAAAACUGGACAGAACGAUGGUUUGUGCUAAAACCCAAUAUUAUUUCCUACUAUGUAAGUGAAGAUUUAAAGGACAAGAAGGGAGACAUCAUACUGGAUGGCAACUGUUGUGUAGAGGCUUUGCCUGACAAAGAUGGAAAGAAAUGCCUUUUUCUCAUAAAAUGUCUUGACAAAAGCUUUGAGAUCAGUGCCUCUGAUAAAAAGAAGAAGCAGGAGUGGAUUCAAGCCAUACAGACCACCGUGAGCCUGCUGAGAGCAGGGAGCCCCCCACCCCACAAAGAAGCACGCCAAAAGCGGAAAGAACUGCGCCAGAAGCUGUUGGCUGAGCAAGAAGAGCUGGAGAGGCAGAUGAAAGAACUGCAGACGGCCAACGAGAACAAGCAGAAGGAACUGGAGACCGUGCGAAAGCAACUGGAAGCAGCAGCUGCUCGUGCUGCUGAGGAAGAGAAGAAAAGACUUCAGACUCAAGUUGAAUUACAAGAUCGCUUCAGUUUGGAGCUGGAGAGAGAAAAAAUGGUAAGACAAAAAAUGGAAGAGCAGGUUGCUCAGAAAUCAUCUGAACUGGAACAGUAUUUACAGAGAGUAAGUGAACUGGAAGAAAUGUAUAAACAGCUACAGGAAGCUCUGGAGGAUGAGAAGCAGGCACGUCAGGAUGAAGAGACUGUAAGGAAGCUCCAGGCUCGGUUACUGGAAGAGGAGUCAGCAAAGAGAGCUGAACUGGAAAAAUGGCACUUGCAGCAGCAACAGACCAUUCAGAUGACAGAAGCAGAGAAGCAAGAGCUAGAAAACCAGAGAAUGAUAAAGGAAAGGGCUCUUCAAGUUGCUAUGCAGCAACUGGAACAACUUGAACUGGAAAGGAAGGAAGCCCUUGAGCAAUAUGAGGAGGUUAAGAAAAAGUUGGAAAUGGCAGCUAAUAACACCAAGAGUUGGAAAGAUAAAGUAGCUCAUCAUGAGGGAUUAAUUCGACUAAUAGAGCCAGGCUCCAAGAAUCCUCACUUAAUCACAAACUGGGGCCCGGCCGCCUUCACUGAAGCUGAACUCGAGCAAAGACAAAAGAGCUGGAAAGGGAAAAAAGCCACUUCUGAGUGACGCCGGCAGCUGAACGUGCUGUUUGUAAACAGAAGCCCACCUUCAUUCAUUCUGCUUUGCACAGAGCAGCUUCUCGCUUAUAAAGAUCUUAGUUUGCUCAGCAGGUUGGGCCUUGCUAUGAAGGAAAUACUGUUUACCACACAGGAGUGUCUAUUCAGAGCUCAUUAAUUACAAUAUGUGGUGUCUGACAGGACUUGCUGUUUUCCCUCACGUUUCCUGAAAUUACGUUCUUUUGUAUAAAACUUCUCAACUGAAGAUUUUUAUUUAAAUGUAGCUUGUGACAGAGUUGUUUCUGUACCAGCCGGUAACACGCUGACAGCAUCUAACCAAUCAAGCAGCAUCACUGUCAUUCCAAAACGUGAGGGAAGCAAUAAUUUCAUUGGUUCAGUUGUUAUAAUUUAAACCCAGGAUAAAUUGAUCCAGGAGGUUCUGUCCAACUCUGGGAUAGAGCAUUACCUUUCCUUCCAUUGACUCUCCUCCUAUUUUUGCUCUGUCUGUUGCUCUUUGCACGGUGCUUGGUGCUCAGAUUAAGUUCUUCCUUAGCGAGGGCAGACUGGCACCACCGGGUACUUGCUGGCUGGUCAGAUUUUGUGUCCUGUUCUCCUCUGUUUGCAGGAAUCCAAACAACAGAACUGGAAAUAGACAGCUACAAAAUACUGCUGUAAAACCUUUGGGAAAAGCAGUUAUGCAAGAUUGUCUCAUACUUGAGAAGUGCUUAAAAAACUUGAGAGUUCUCUUCAUAGUUGUAAAGCGCAGAGGUUUGACUCAGAGAUUUCUGGAGCAGAUGAAUGGAAGGUGAUAGCACCUACAGGCCAAGGGUCGUCUGCAUCAAGGCUAUGUUUGUGCAAGAAAUCUGAUUAUAACAUACUGCUGGGUUAGAUGCAGCACAUUUGUGGUAUUCUUAAUUGGAGGAGAUUUAAAAAAAUGCAAGAGGAAAACU